GAAAAGUAACCCGUCAUUAAGAAACUCGUUGACUGCUGAUCCCUCCCCAGAGCGUCAAUUUUGAUAAGAUUGAUAACAGACAAAAUUGUGUUCUUCAUAAUUUCGCUUCGAUUUUUCUCAGAUUCAUCUAAUGCUGCAAUUAGGAAUCGUCUUAAAUGAACAAACUACUGUCCACGUAAUAUCAGGAUCAGCCAUUAGUGGAUGGUUCCACCCUUAUUGAAGAGCCCAGGCCUAGAUUAACCAGGUGCAGUAAACAUGGGCAAGAAUGCAACAAUAAUCCCACGCAAUGCGACAGAUAAAGCAUUGUUUCUUUUCAUGGUAAUAGGCAUACCAUUUGGAGUCUUCUGGCUGGGAUUUGUUAUACUGCCGCAUUACCAUGAUGAGUUGAAUUCCAUUGUAGUGAUGCAUAUUAUUGCAGUGGUAUUUAUCACCUACAAUGUAUUCCACAAUCUUCUCCUUGUAAUAAGGACAGAUGCCAGUGGACGAACCUCCUUUCUGCCUUCUGUGCUCAAACCUGGUUGGAGGUAUUGUGCAAUUUGUCAAGUGAAUUACCCUCCGAGGUCAUAUCACUGCCACAUAUGUGAUGAAUGCAUACUGAAGAGGGAUCACCACUGCAAAUUUACAGGUUGCUGUGUUGGCUACCAUAACCACCGUUACUUUUUGAUGGGAAUCUUUUAUAUAUUUAUUGGAGCUUUGUAUGGAAUUUACUAUCAGUGGGAGUAUGUGUAUGAAACGAUAAAUCUCCCAGUCAUGUAUUUUUUCCUCUGUUUACUUGCUCCACAUUUUGCUCUUCUUUUUGGAGCCAUUAAUUUGUGGGGUCUCCUUGUAGCUACUUUGCACACACUUGGUCUUGCGACUCUCUUAAUGGUGUCAUACUUAUUACUGAUGCAGGCUAAGGCCAUAUGUCAAGGGCAGACUCAGUAUGAGAUGAAGCAUAACAUACAUGACUACAAUCUGAGUUUGCGCCAGAAUAUUGUUGAUGUGUUGGGCAGGAGAUGGAGAAUUGCUUGGAUUUCCCCUUUUAUACCAUCACCUCUCACUGGGGAUGGUUUGAAAUUCCUCAGGGCAACUGAGUAUGAGCCACCAAAGGAUAUAUAAUCGUUGUGUUUAGCAUUCCAAUGCUGUAAAGAAAAUUAUGCUAAUGAGAAGUUAUAGAAUAAACGUGUAAAUGUGUGAUAGGCAUUUGAUUUUAUUGUUAAUAUUGAAUAAGACAAUCAGUUUUAUUGUUGAGAUUGAGCUGUCUGUGAAGCAUAUUUAAUGCGAAGCAUGUGUACAAAUAGCAUUUAAUAUGUGGAGAAAUAAUUGUAGUUUUGUAGUGCAGAGUUUGCAUUAUUUUCUAAAUGGAUGAAUAGUGUGUGUUUUUGAUAUUAACCAACUAAUAUUAGAUAGUGUAUCUUUAUGGCUCAAAUAUAUGUGAAGUAAUGUUGCUCAGGCAAAUAUAUAUUGCUUGUGUUUAUGUAAUAUAGUGCUAAAGCAUGAUGUCAUAUUAUGGAAAAUGAGAAAUCUUGCAGAGUAAAGAACUAAGUAAACACUAGAUUAGCAUGGGUAAACACAGUCUAUGUAACAGCUAGACCUGUUUAUGAAGCUUUCUUUUGAACCUACCUGUGAAAAUAUUUGCCUCUUUCAUUGGGUGCUAUAGCGUGCAUUAUUAUGUGAAUUGGUUUCUAUUGGUUGAAUGUUUUCAAAGGAUAUGGGCUGUGAAUAGAGUUAGUGGUUAAAAAUUAGGAACACAUAUUUGGUUACUUCAUGGCUAGAUUUAUAUAUAUAGAUAGACAAUUAACAAUGCCAGUGUGUUUUUCAUUUAUUUAUAUAUUGAGAAUAGAUAGAAGUCCAUUUGCAUGAUUUUGAUGAAUUACAUAGCCUCUGACUAAACCCAUUGGUACAUUAUCUACUUUAGUUUUGUUUUGUCAAUUUUGUUUACAUAUAGAUGGCUUCACAAGCACUUUGCCACCAAGGAGUUAGUUGCUAGGUCUAUCUAACCACACUUAUUUGCUUUUUGGGAUUUUUACAUUUUUAUUUUUAAUACUAUUGUUAUAGUUAUCAAUGUUGUUAUGAAUAUUAACACUAUUAUCAUAAUUAUAUCAACAAUAAUAAUUGUAAUAAAAAGAAUUCCUCCCCCCAAAAAAUCAAGGAAAACAAAACUGUUAAUAUUAGGUAGGCCUCAUAAUAGAUUCCUUGUUGACUAAGUACUCAUGGAGCCAUCUCUGUGUAAAUAUAAUUUAUAAAAUGAAGUUAUAGUGGACAUGGUAUCGUAACACCUUUGUGCUGUUGUGUGUAAAGCUCUUGCAAAAGGCAUAAUCCAACAAGAGUGGUUUUUAUGCAUUGUCAUAGGUUUGGUUACUAUACUUUCUACAAGUUGCAUAUGCAUUAUACAACUGCUUGUAUGAUUAGAAGAUGCAUUGUAUAUAUGUUACUUCUUCUGGCAGCAUAAUCUUAGCAUUAAGCAUUCUUAGAAAUAAAUACUAUAGUUUAAUAUUCUACCCUUCUUGAAGGGCAAUUUACCAUCAGGUGUAAAUUUCCAGUGAAAAAUAGUAAUCCUUCUAUAUCUCCAUCAGCCUUAUUUAGAUGGGUACUAGCUAAUUCUGGAAUUUUAGAAUUAAUUAGCAUUUAAACUGACUAUUUUUUUCUAUAUAAUCAAGUAAAUAAGUCAAGUGUGGAAAAUUACCUGAUUAUUUUCAAAUAUCCACAAUGCAUCUAUUGAUUUCAUCAAAAUUUUGAAUUAUGUAUACUGGAGAGCACAGACAUGAUUGCUGCAUGGACCUGCCCCAUUUUUUUCUCUUCUUGUUUACCUUAACUACUUGGAAUUAAUACAAUUUUUGUCAUGGAUGAUAUAAUUAGUGCUAAGUAUUUAAUUUAUUUUUGUGAUAGAAUUCUAACAUUUGUAUCCUAAUAUGUGAUAUAAUAUUUACAUUUGAUUAACACUUGCACAUGCACAUACAUGCAUUCAUUCACAUCCACACUCACACUCACACUCACACUCACACUCACACUCACACUCACACUCACACUCACACUCACACUCACACUCACACUCACAGCUCACAGCUCACACACACAUGCUCAGACUCACUCACACUGACAUUAACACUCACAUUGACAUUGGCAGUGAUACUGAUGCUUAACAUUUGUGUGACACUUGCACACACAUGUGCAUGCACACCCGUGUGCAGGUACACACACAAGUGCCUGCACAUACUAAUACACCCUCACAUAAAAAUGAAUUGAUUGAAUAAAUUUGAAUCGUAGUGGGUUAUUAGGUCUUACAAAUGUAUUCUUAUCUGAAACAUUAGGGUAAGUGAAUAUGAUGCUAAUAUGAUGUUAAGGCUGUUUUUAAUUUUAUGAUAAGAAAUUCUAUUUUCAUAACUGUCCAAGUUUAAAAUGAAUUAGUUUAAUGAAAAAAAUGGUGGUUUUGGAAGUCCACUAAGAUAUUUUUUGAAUUAGGAAAUAUUUUCAUUUCAUAAGAAAACAAAUGUUCUCUGUUAAUCACAACAAUUUACUGGAAUUGUACAGUUUUAAAGUUUUAGGUAAAAAAUAGAUAUUGGAAAGGUAUAAAGAAAAUAAAAUUUAUGGAGUUUUUGAGAAACAAAAGAUCAAGCAUCUGAUGAUGAUAAAAGCUCCAAGGCUCAGACAAAGAGCCGUCAGAAAGAAAAAUGAA